GGCCGCGGGAUCUCUGAGGAUGGAGGGAAGUAGGCGAGUGUCUCGGCCGUACAAGAUCAGCGAGUCGUCAAAGGUGUACCACUGGGCUGACCACUCCUCCACAGUGCUGCAGCGCCUCAACGAGCAGCGGCUCCGCGGCCUCUUCUGCGACAUCGUCCUGGUGGCGGACGAGCAGCGCGUGCCGGCCCACCGCAACCUGCUGGCCGUGUGCAGCGACUACUUCAACUCCAUGUUCACCCUGGGCAUGCGCGAGGCCUUCCAGAAGGAGGUGGAGCUGGUGGGCGCCUCCGCCAUCGGGCUCAAGGCCGUGGUGGACUUCCUGUACAGCGGCGAGCUGGCGCUGGACGGCGGCAACAUCGACUACGUGCUGGAGACGGCGCACCUGCUGCAGAUCUGGACGGCCGUGGACUUCUGCUGCGAGUACCUGGAGCAGGAGGUGAGCGAGGACAACUACCUGUACCUGCAGGAGCUGGCCUCCAUCUACAGCCUCAAGCGCCUGGACGCCUUCGUCGACGGCUUCGUCCUGAGCCGCUUCGCCACGCUGUCCUUCACGCCCGCCUUCCUGCAGAACGUGUCCGUGCAGAAGCUGUGCGCCUACCUGGGCAGCAGCGACGUGCAGCGCGAGUGCGAGCACGACCUCCUGCAGGCCGCCCUGCAGUGGCUGACGCAGCAGCCCGAGCGCGAGGCGCACGCCCGCCAGGUGCUGGGGCACAUCCACUUCCCGCUCAUCCCCAAGAACGACCUGCUGCACCGCGUCAAGCCGGCCGUGUGCUCGCUGCUGCCCAAGGAGGCCGGCUGCGAGGCCUUCAUCGAGGAGGCCGUGUGCUACCACAACAACCUGACGGCGCAGCCCGUCAUGCAGACCCAGCGCACGGCGCUGCGCACCAACGAGGAGCGCCUGCUGUUCGUGGGCGGCGAGGUCUCCGAGCGGUGUCUGGAGCUCAGCGACGACACCUGCUACCUGGACGCCCAGAGCCAGCAGUGGGUCAAGGAGACGCCCCUGCCGGCGCGCCGGAGCCACCACUGCGUCGCCGUGCUGGGCGGCUUCAUCUUCAUUGCGGGCGGCAGCUUCUCGCGGGACAAUGGAGGGGACGCGGCCUCCAGCCUGCUUUAUAGGUAUGACCCCCGCUGUAAACAGUGGAUCAAGGUGGCUUCCAUGAACCAGCGCCGUGUGGAUUUCUACCUUGCCUCCAUUGAGGACAUGCUGGUGGCCGUGGGUGGCCGGAACGAAAACGGAGCUCUCUCCUCAGUCGAGACGUACAGUCCCAAGACUGACUCCUGGUCCUAUGUGGCUGGCUUGCCGAGGUUCACCUACGGUCAUGCGGGCACCAUCUACAAAGACUUUGUGUACAUCUCGGGGGGCCAUGACUACCAGAUCGGCCCCUACCGCAAGAACCUGCUGUGCUACGACCACCGGACGAACGUGUGGGAGGAGCGGCGGCCCAUGACCACGGCCCGCGGCUGGCACAGCAUGUGCAGCCUGGGCGACAGCAUCUUUUCCAUUGGCGGCAGCGAUGACCACGUGGAGUCCAUGGAGCGCUUCGACGUGCUGGGCGUGGAGGCCUACAGCCCGCAGUGCAACCAGUGGACCCGCGUGGCGCCGCUGCUGCACGCCAACAGUGAGUCGGGCGUGGCCGUGUGGCAGGGCCGCAUCUACAUCCUGGGCGGCUACAGCUGGGAGAACACCGCCUUCUCCAAGACCGUGCAGGUGUACGACCACGACGUGCUGCCCGGCGGCUUUUUCUACUUUGACGGUUCUCGGUAUUUCUAUGACAUCGCUGAUUAA